CGGGAUAUAAACCCGCGGGUGCCCAGCACUUGGAAUACCUCCCGCGUUGGAGCUCGCGCAGCCCUUGGACUUCCUUGCCCCGCCCCCAGGGGUCGCCCCGGCAACCAGCAUUCCAACCAAUCAGCGCUCCGGAUCUGCUCCUCCGCCUCGCGCAGUGGGAGCCAUGGUCGUGACAGUCCCUGCCCUUGCCACCUCCUGGGGUCCUUAGAGGUGACCACAACUCUUGUCUGGUGGGCUGACUGGCCUCUGAAUACAUCCUUGACCAGCUGUGACACCUCCGGUCGACUGCCAGAGGACCUCAUUCUGAGAAUGGACAGCACUUGGAUUUAUUUAGAAAGCAUUUCCUCAAGCGGGGAAGUACUCCACCUUUUUGCCAUUUCUUUCUCUGAAUCUAGCACUCCUGUAAGAACUCAUGAAUUCACUGAAUCUCACCUUGGUAAAAUAGGUUUUCUUCGAUUGGUUAUUCUUCCUGCAAAAGGAUCAUUCAGAAGAGCACUGAUCGUUCUGGCUCACUCUGAGAGGACAUCCUUCAACUAUGCCAUGAAAGAGGCUGCCGUGGAGGUUCUGAAGAGGAACGGAUGGGAGGUGGCCGAGUCCGACCUCUAUGCCAUGAACUUCAAUCCCAUCAUUUCCAGAAAGGACAUCACAGGUAAACUGAAGGACCCUAAGAAUUUCCAGUACACUGUCGAGUCUUCUCUAGCCUAUAAAGAGGGCUGCCUGAGCCCAGAUAUUGUGGCUGAACAAAAGAAGCUGGAAGCUGCUGACCUGGUGAUAUUUCAGUUCCCCUUGCAGUGGUGUGGAGUCCCUGCCAUAAUGAAAGGCUGGUUUGAGCGAGUGUUCCUAGGAGAGUUUGCCUACACGUAUGCUACCAUGUAUGACAACGGUCCUUUCCGGAAUAAGAAGGCCAUCCUUUCCAUCACCACUGGUAGCAGUGGCUCCAUGUACUCCCUUCAGGGUAUCCACGGGGACAUGAACGUCAUUCUCUGGCCAAUUCAGAGCGGCAUUCUGCAUUUUUGUGGUUUCCAAGUCUUAGAACCACAACUGACAUACAGCAUUGGGUACCUUCCACCAGAGGCCCGAACUCAGGUCCUGGAAGGAUGGAAGAAACGCCUGGAGAAGGUUUGGGAUGAGACACCACUGUAUUUUGCUCCAAGCAACCUCUUUGAUCUAGGCUUCCAGAAAGGAUUCUUACUGAAAAAAGAGGUACAAGAGGAGCAGAAAAACAAGAAAUUUGGCCUUUCUGUGGGCCAUCACCUGGGCAAGUCCAUUCCAACUGACAACCAGAUCAAAGCCAGAAAAUAAGAUUCAAUAAAACUUGAAUCCCUUUCUAGGUAUCUUUUUUUCAGUUUCCCUUACUUGCUUUAGUUUUUAAGAUUUGGGUUUCUCUCUCUCUCUCUCUCUCUCUUUCUUUUUUCCCCCACAAGGAAUGAAAAGGAGAAGGAGUAGACUGCAUUUAUAUAUUUUUGGAUAGUUUUACUAUUAAAUGCAACUGAUUCUUAUGAUUGCUAUUACGACAUAUAACCCAAAUCUUACUCGGUUCCAGAAGCCGUUUGGAAUAUAAAGCAGACAAGUAUAGAUAGAUGAUAUAUGCUAGAAAAUAUUCUUUUAAGGUCAUCUACACAAUUUAAUUCCUUUUUAAAGGGCUAGAGAAUAUCCAAUUCUCUAAAGAUCUGUUUCUUUUAAUUACCUCUGUGGUUUUUGGCAGAAGGGAAUUGCUCAGAGAAACAAGUGACUGCCUCCCUUUAGCCUAAGGGACUGAACUUGCUUACUAGUUAGCAAUCUAAUGCUUGUUCUUGACACUUAUUGGUUUUAAUUACUACACAAUGACUAAUGCACCUCAUGUGUUACUCUUUCUUCAGCUUCUGUUUCUAUAUAGUACACAGAUUCCUUGAAAUGAGUAGCUAAUAAGUCUCUUCUUUACCUCAAUCUUCUAAUUUAAUGGUUGCAAAAAUAAAUCAACAUAUCCACAACCUACAUCUGCUAUUCAAUAGUUAACAGUAGCCUUACACACACACACACACACACACACACACACAAACCUUUCUGAUCUAUAUGGACUUCUGAAAGGCUAUUUUCUGUAUCAUCUUUUCUUUGAGGAUAUUUUGUUUUGUUUUGUCUGGGUACUGGGGAUUGAACCCUGGGGUGCUCUACCACUUGAGCUCUAUCCCUG